CCACACUGUGGAGGAGGAGCCUUCAUAUGAAGGGAAGUGAGGGAGGGAAUGCAUAGAGAAACAGAAGCAGAAUUAAAGGAGAUGAGGGCUGUUCAAGUACUGUUACAUUCUGCAAGCACCACUAGCUCGACUGGACACCAGAAGCUUCUUAAUAUUACAAUGAAUCUAAAUCGUGAAUAUACAGUCACUGCUCAUCCCAUAAACUGCCUGAUCAAUAUUUGAAGUGGAGAAAUCGAUGCUGACCGUUUCUGAGCAACACCUACUGGGACACACUGAGAGAUCAACUGCUGGGCUCUGGAACUUCACAUCUUAAAAUGUCAGAUCACGAGGACCUGAAUAAAGCCAUGGGACACUGGAACGCCUCGGAGAGCUACCAGCUCAACCCAGCCAGUGUCAUUGUGUCUGUGGUCUUCUCGCUCAUCUUCCUCCUGGGGACCAUUGGGAACAGUCUGGUACUGGCAGUGCUCCUCAGAAGUGGGCAGGUUGGGUACAACACCACCAAUCUGUUCAUCCUCAACCUCAGCGUAGCGGAUUUCUUCUUCAUCAUCUUCUGUGUGCCUUUCCAAGCAACCAUCUACUCCCUGGAGGGUUGGGUUUUCGGGUCCUUUAUGUGCAAGGUGGUUCACUUCUUCAUCAACCUCACCAUGUAUGCUAGCAGUUUCACGCUGGCUGCUGUGUCUGUGGAUAGGUAUCUGGCCAUCCGUUACCCCCUGCGCUCCAGAGAAUUGAGAACGCCGUGUAACGCUGUAGUUGCGAUGGUGGUCAUCUGGGGCCUGUCGCUUGUUUUCGCCGGGCCUUAUUUGAGUUACUACGACCUCAUUGAUUUCGAAAACAGCAAUGUGUGCGUGCCAGGGUGGGAAGAGCAUAACCGGAAGGUUCUGGACACCUGCACCUUUGUUUUUGGCUAUGUUAUUCCUGUGCUCAUUGUGAGCCUGUCCUACACACGCACCAUCAAGUACCUGUGGACCGCGGUGGAUCCCCUCGAUGGGAUGUCGGAGUCGAAGCGAGCCAAGCGCAAGGUCACCAAGAUGAUCAUCAUAGUCACAGUGCUCUUUUGCAUCUGCUGGCUACCGUACCACGUGGUCAUUUUGUGCUACCUCUACGGAGACUUUCCCUUCAAUCAGACCACCUACGCCUUCAGGCUGCUGUCCCACUGCAUGGCCUACGCCAACUCUUGCCUCAACCCUAUCGUUUACGCCCUGGUGUCCAAACACUUUCGCAAGGGCUUCAAGAAGGUCUUCAGCUGCAUCCUCAGCAAAAAGGGACGAAAUAAGGUGCAUGUGGUCCAUGUGGCCAACACCGUCCCUGGCUUCGAAGCGGGAUCCACUGAAGUGUCUCAAAUGAAUGAAGAGAACGCCAGACAGAACCAGAACGAAAUGGUCAACCGCCCACUCGCAGAGCCGCAGGAAGCCACUAUGACUAUAACGUUACCCUUCCAGAAUCAGCCGUGAAAAUAAAGCACACAGCUAAUGCUGCCUUACAGAAGCCUUAUUAAAAAAAACUCAAACAGAGCCGGAGGAUUUCAGCAGCUUUGAUUGACAUCACCACAGGUCUGCAUAGACUGAAUGAGCACAGAGGAGUCCGUAGUUAUCCUUGAUUCAAAUCGCUGAGCAAAUCGAAAACGUACAUUCAAUUUGACUCUCGCACUUGCAUCUUUGUGUUUUGCUUAGUUGUUUUGGUUCCAAUGCUAAAUUAUGUCUUAUUUACGAUCUCCUCUUUCUUUUUUCAGUAGCACUGUCGGUUUGUUUUCUAUUGAUGUGUCACCCUCUGAGCAUGUUCCAAUUUAAUGCUGUGUUGACUAUUCUCCUGUGAAAAUUUGUUACCAAUUAUUGUGCGUAACACACUUUAAUAUCUGAAAAGCCCUUUGUCUUUAUGUGAGCAAAGCUGUGAUUUCCUACUGUGCUUGAAGCUUUGAAGAGGACUCUUUGAUUAUGCUCCUCAGCUUCGCUUAACAAGUUCUUUAAAAAAAUGCUUAUGUUAAGUACUGUACGUUCUUGCUUUUACAUCCGUUUCUAAGCUCUGAUAUUCCCUGCUGUUUUAGAAAGUCUUGAAAUUAUUUAAAUGGUAAGUUUUAUAUAAAAUUCCUACAUUGCAAAAGCCCUAAAAACAGGGUUAUACAGAAAAUCUCAUAUUACAGACAACCAACAGUUUGCUACAGUUGGUUCUUGAAGGAAUAUACUGGAUUCACUACAAGUUCAGCUCAAUCAACAGCAAUGGUGAUAUAAUGUUAAUAAAACUAUACCUCUUCUUAAAAAAAAAGCUAAAUCUGGGUUACAGUGAGGUGCCUACAGUUGAAGUGAAUGGAGCCAAUAAUGGGGACAUAAAUGUUAAAAUAAAUGUCAAUAGUACAGCCACAAGACAAUCUCAGUAUGACUGUAGAGGAAAUGCUUACUAAUCUUUUCUGAGUAAAGUUAUAUCCACUUUUACAACAUGACAUCUAAAACCCUAAAACAACCGUAAAAUGAGAACCAAAAAAGGUUACUUUAUAGUUCAGAUAAUAAUAAUAAUAAUAAUAACCUUUAUUUAACCAGGUAAAAUAAGAGAUAACACAAAUGUUUUAACAGAAUAGUUAAUGUAACACUUAUGUCAAGUUCUAAAUGUAACAUUUGAGCCGUUUAAAGCCUCAAAAAUUGGCCCCAUUCACUUCGUUUUGAAAUGUCUCGCCUAAAAAGAGAUGACAUAAUUAUUUCGUCAUAAUUAUUUUUUAUUUUAUAAUCAAUACAAAUGCUGGAGAUUAGCCAAACUUGUACAGAACCUGGAAUAUUUCUUUAUCUGUCUUCAGUUCAUUCAUUAUGUAUAAUGUACUGUAGCUAUAUAGCAAGUGCUAUGUUGGAAGUUUUGAAUUGGAUGUUGACAGUGAAUUUCAA